CAAACAGGUGAAAAAGUCCCGAAGCCGCGACCGCCCAAACCAGGUCUGGGAUGCGAAGGACCCGACAAAUAGUCUCGGACGAGCAUCUCGCCGAAGUGGGGGGCACAGUGGUCAAGACUCGAGACUCGCCCGGGUGCCCAAACUCUGAAGCCGCGCAGGAACAAAGCCAGAAGAGGACCAGUCGAGUUGGAAGACGAAGACCCUUCGGCGCCUGUCUCCCUCUCCUUCUAUACGGAUUGGUGAUGGCGAAGGUGAUUGCAGGUCGCCUGCUUGCUUCGCAGAGGAUGCGCUUCAUGCCAUCGUGCUCUUCUCUUCUCACCAGGAAAUUCAGCACCGAUUUAAAGGGCUCUUGUAAUUUGGACUCUGAUGUCUGGAACAGAUUCUCCUUGUUCAAGACAUCUCUGUUGCAAAACCCUGAAAAUUUUGCUCCUAUGAUGAAUUUUUGCAAGAGAUGGGCCUCAGCUUCAACAGCCACUACAACAGAGGAUGAGGGCAAAAUAAGCAUAGGGCCCAAGAAGUCUGGAUCUGAUGAAGAUGGAAAAGAUGCAGGGGUUGUUUAUUAUGGACCCAUUUCUUCCACCAUCAAGAAAGUGAAACUUCUCUCCCUCUCUACUUGCUGCUUGUCAGUAUCUCUUGGCCCUGUAGUGACCUUCUUAACUGCACCAGAAAUGAAUGUGAUUCUCAAGGGGGCUGUUGCUUCGUCGGUCAUAUUUCUUAGUGCUUCCACCACUGCAGCACUGCACUGGUUUGUGAGCCCCUAUGUUCACAAGCUCAGAUGGGUGCCUGGUUCAGAAACAUUUGAGGUUGAGAUGAUGUCUUGGUUGGCAACCUAUAUCCCAAGGACAAUAAGGUUUAUUGAUGUCAAACCACCAAACAGCAACAGACCAUUUGUCACUUUCAAGGCCAAUAACAACUUUUACUUCAUUGAUGAAGAGCACUGUAGGAACAAGGCUCUCUUAGCAAGGCUGACACCUAAGGGACCAACCCAUGAAUCAGCGUUUAAGAACUUGUGAGCAGAUACUAUGCUGUCUUUGUUGCCUCUAGAUUCUGGUCUUUCAGAUAUCUAGUAAUUGGCAUUCACCAGGCUGAGACUCAAUGAUGGAUGACCAACAGUAGAUCAGUUUUGCAAGGUAAGAAACUUUUGGGUUCGAAACUUUUGAAUACCAUUGUUAUGAAAAAUUUUGGCUUUGCUCUUUCAAUGCAUUUGUUAAGCUAUUAAAACGCACUGUACUUGGCUGUUGGAGCAUAACUGUGUCCAUCUGGCAGUUUUACAUGAAUGGGUUAUGUUUAUCAAAUAAUGCUUCUUGUUUUUUCUUUUUAUUUUUAUUUUUUAAGACUGUACUGUGACGGGAUCUAAACAGGUAGGUUCCUAUGAUGUAAUUUGUUUCCCUUUCUGGUUAUGGUUAUAUAACUUCAAUUAAAGAAGCAA